AUGAGGAAAGUUAUUGAGGAUGUCGAAAACCUUGCAUUCGUAACUGAUCGAGGGCAUUCAAUAAUAAAUGGUAUCGCUGAAGUCUUCCCCGAAGCACAUCCUGGUUAUUGUAUGUACCAUAUACGGGGAAACCUAAAGACCAUGUAUCGAGGCAAGAGCAUCGUUGCGUUGUUUAGGAGAGCGGCAGAGGCUUACAGUUUUGAAGAGUUUGAAAAGUUCAUGGUCGAAAUAGACAGUAAAUCGCAUGUUGCAUGGGAGUAUUUAACAAAGAUGGGGAUUGAACAUUGGAGUUGUGCAAGUGUGCUAACCCCGACUCAAGAAGAUAAGCUCUUCAAGACUCUAGAUGUGGCGAGAAAAGUAUAUGUAGAACCACUAGAUCAGUUUCGCUUCUUCGUGAGAAGUGCACGUAAUUUCGGAUACAUCGUGGACUUGAGUGAUAACGCGUGCACGUGUAGACUGUUUCAGUUGGAGAGUUUUCCGUGUACAUAUGCAGUGACAGUGACUAUGCAUAGAGGAUUUCCACCACACACCUUAUGCAGUGUGUAUUACAUGACUGAUUAUUGGAGAGCAGCGUAUACGAAAACAAUAUUUCCUGUAUCAAACGAAGUCGAGUGGGAAGUUCCUGACCACAUUCUCCCACUGAAUAACUUGUUGUCAACAGCAGUUGGACCACGUAGUCCUGGAAGUACACGUACGUCUAGAAUACUAUUUACCAGGGAGUUUCCCCAACCUCGUAAGUGCGGUAAGUGCGGUGCAACAGGGUAUACUAGAAGAUAUUGUACAAGUCAAUUUCCUCUGCAUGACAAUGUAACGGAUAUGUAA